AUGCCUGUCCCCGUCCCGCGCCAGCCGCCCAACAUGCCCUUGCCUGUGCCCUCGCUGUUCUUCCGCAGGCUCUCGAACUCGUUCCAGAACCCGGCAACGAGCGCAACCUCCCGCCCAAGCCCCGCACACGCAAACACGUCCGUGCGCUUGCCGACGUCCCACAGGAAUGCGUCCGCCACCUCGAGCGUCGCACGCACCCACUGCUCGAGCACCGUCCGCAGCGCCAACGUGCUCAUCUUCCCGCCUUCCCACCUGCUCGCCUUCCCGCCCACUCGCACUCCUGCUCGCUCACUGGCCCGCCCGCGUGUUCUCUCGCUCGUGCAGUUGAUGGCGCGUUCAGAGCGCGACAUGAACCACUACUGGUUGAUGGCCAUGCUCGCGAAUGAGACGUGGUGCGCAGACGACACGGAACACUGCAGGUAUGACUAG